AUGGCCACCUGGGACGAACUUCUACCCGUGAGCCCAGCGAGCUUAGCUGCCGUGAUCGCUGUGGUGGGGGCUUCACUCUUUUACUGUCGUACCAAUAGACGCAACAAAACCGACAAUAUUCCAACGCUGCCGACGUGGUUUCCGUGGAUCGGUAUCGAUAACGCCUUACGCCUGUUCUUUAACCCCACAUCCUUCCUGGAGGAAAUGAGAAAACAACAUGGGCCAUUAUUCCAGUUCACAGUCCUUGCGUCUAGGAUAAUAGUGCUACAACAUCCGUAUAAUCUGCGUGCCCUCGAGCGCCAGUCCCGAGCGCUUUCGGAACAUCUUCCCAUUGAAGUCGUGGCUAAGGCCUCCUCCGAACUCCCCAACCCCAAUCGCAUCACCAAUGCAAUAAUGACCACACUAUCGCGGAUUGUAGAAAAGGAGUUCUCGUCGGGACGAAUGAAGGUCACUGGACUACGGUCACGGUUUCACGAGGCACUCGGGAAGGAAAUGGAUCGACUGGUUCAAGCGCCCAACAUUAACACGCAAAUACCGUUAUGCGAAUUCAUUCGUGAAACCAUUUAUCGCGCAAGUUGCGUCGUUGUAUUCGGCCCCUCGUUUCCCAUUCAGACCUAUGCCGACUUCAAGUCCACAGGGGGUCAACUUGACUUCCUCUCGACGUGGGCUUCUCGCAUGCCUUGGUCUAAAGCAGGUGGAGCCCGGCGUAGGGUCAUCGAGGCCAUCGCGGAAUACGUCCGUCCAUGGUGGGAAUCGAGCGGAAUGUCCAACGAACGGCAGAUCAGUGACUUCAUGGUGGAAAGUCUCACAGCAAUGAGGGAGUGUGGGCUGUCCCUCCAAGAAUCAGCCAGCGCCAUCCUUUGCUACCUAUGGGGAUUCCACAACAACCUGUGGUUUCAUCUCUAUUGGACGUUCGUUCACAUCCUCGCGGACAAUGAAACCCUUACGGCAGUCGAAAUUGAGGCCAGAGAUUCGGGGAACCUGGGCAGGAGGUCCUUAAUCCAAUCUGCCAUAUGGGAGGCGAUGAGGUGGCCGUAUCUUCCACAACAGGUGCGCCGUGCCAGCGAGGAUCUCAACGUGUGUUUGGAAGGGAUAUAUUACUGGAUCCCAAAGGGCACCUGGAUCCUCAGCAAAUCGUUCAAUCACGAUUCAAGAGUCUAUGAAGACCCCUUUGAGUUCAAGGUGGACAGAUUCUACAACAACCCCUCCUUACCCAAGCCAAAAGGCUUUGGGGAUGGCGUCCAUACUUGCAAGGGAAUGCACUUCGCUCUGCAUGAGAUGGAAGAUCAUAUCGUCACGUCCUUUCGCAAAUUUGAUAUUAAACUGUUAAAGCGGAGCAGGGGUGACAGAACCAUUCCGCAAAGCGAGGCCAACGCCAUCCUCCCCGACAUCAGCAAGUUCGAGGAUUUUACAUUAGAGCUUCAUCCAAGAGCUUGA